GUGGGAGGAGGAGGAAAAAAGAGGAGGAGGAAGAGGAAGAGGCGCUGCCCGCCCCGGGCGGGUCAGAGUUGCGAGUCGCCGCCCGAAGAUGGCGGCCGCGGCGGGGAACGUGUGCGGCGCCGCCGGGGCCGGGGCUGCGGCUGAAGCGCGGUUCAUCAGCAGCGCCAAGGGAAAAGGUUUAUUCGCCACCAAGAACAUCCGCAAAGGAGAAACUGUGUUCGUGGAGAGGCCGGUGGUCUCGUCGCAGUUCCUCUGGAACGCCCUGUACAACUACCGAGCCUGUGAUCACUGCCUGCGGGCUUUGGAGACAGCGGAGGAAAAUGCCCAGCGGCUGCUGGGGAACAGCUCGCUGGUGCUGCCUCACCCCGAGCAGUGCAGCAUCCGCAAGGACCUGCACCAGCAGUGUCCCCGCUGCCAGGUGAUGUACUGCAGCGCCGAGUGCAGGCAGGCCGCCUGGGAGCAGUACCACCGCGUCCUCUGCCUUGGCCCAUCUCGUGACGACCCCACACACCCCCUCAACAAGCUGCAGGAGGCAUGGAGAAACAUGCAUUAUCCACCAGAGACUUCCAGCAUCAUGUUGAUGGCCCGAAUGGUCGCCACCGUCAAACAGGCUAAAGACAAGGAGUGGUGGAUCAAGACCUUCUCCCAGUUCUGCAGUAAGACGGCAAAUGAAGAAGAGGAGAUUGUGCACAAGCUGCUGGGCGACAAAUUUAAGGGCCAGCUGGAGCUGCUGCGGUUGCUCUUCACCGAAGCCCUUUACGACGAACAUCUGAGCAGGUGGUUCACUCCAGAAGGCUUUCGAUCCCUCUUUGCCCUCGUUGGGACCAAUGGCCAAGGCAUAGGAACAAGCUCCCUGAGCCAGUGGGUUCACGCUUGCGAUGCGCUGGAUCUCCCCAUGCUGCAGCGAGAGGAGCUGGACGCCUUCAUUGACCAGCUCUACAAGGACAUGGAGAAGGAGUCAGGAGAGUUCCUCAACUGCGAGGGAUCAGGUCUCUACGUGCUCCAGAGCUGCUGUAACCACAGCUGCAUCCCCAAUGCUGAGACAUCCUUCCCCGAAAACAACUUCCUCCUGCAUCUGACAGCUCUGGAGGACAUCGAGGCAGGAGAGGAAAUCUGCAUCAGUUAUUUAGACUGUUGUCAGAGGGAGCGGAGCAGACACAGCCGCAACAAGAUACUCAGGGAGAACUACUUGUUCACCUGCUCGUGCCCUAAGUGCCUGGCGCAAGCCGACGAUGCCGACGUGACGUCAGAUGAGGAGGAGGAAGGCGAAGGGGAGACGGAUGAUGCCGAGCUGGAGGAUGAGAUGACUGAUGUUUGAUCCUAACCUCCCAGGCGAGAGGAAAAGGGAAGAGACGGGGAAGGUUCCUUCGAGAGGCAGCAGCUUUAAUACUAGAAACAGGGUUGUGUUGUGGGGUCGGGUGGGAGGCCACGGAGCUCGGGGGAGCAGGAGGCUGGCCCUGCUCCCGCCCGGUCGUGUUGUGUGUGUGUGUGUGUGUGUGUGCGUGUCAGGCCGUCCCCGUCCUUCCUGCGAGGACAGGCUGUGAGUUGGUGACCCCGCUGCCACAUCCUUAGUCCCCAGAAGGGCUGGCCGGUGCUCGCAGGGGAGGCUGGAGGAGAGCAGGGUCCUGCCAGCCCCCGGGACAUCACCAUGGUCACCUCGUGGCCACCUCUGAGGCUGCUCCGCUGUGUCCGUGCUGGCCAUGGGUGCGGAGGAGCGCGUCCUUUCCAGCCCCGCAGGGACGAGGGGAACGUGAGUGUGUGUUUGUGCACGAGGAUACUAUUUAAUGUCUAUCUAAGCACUAUCUACACACCGAGGCGCUGGGGUCUGUAUAUAUGUUCCAUUCCAUGCCUUGGCUCAGCGAGCAGUGAGGGACAAAACGAUUUUGCAAGUGGGACAGAGACACUUUAGAGGGUGGAUGUCGAGCGGGGCCGACGCUGGCAGGUGCCUCCCGUCGUGCCAAGCCCCGUGCAGCCACCACCAGGCUGUUGCUAGCCCAGAGCCAACACAUGUCACGGUGUCACCGUCCAAAACCCAAAAGCUAUUUUGAGUUUUGCAGAGUGUGAGUUGUCCCGCUGGGCCACUUUGGGAGGAGGAUGUGCCCGAGCGGGAGCUGCCAUGCCCAGGGACACAGCGUGGUGCUGGGAGCUUCCCCGCACCAAGGUGUCACCGGCAGCCGAGCGUUGUCAUCCCUCCCAUGCGGUCACACCACUGUCCCUGUCCAGAUCUUGUGCCUGGAGGGAGAACGUGGCUCCAAACGACAGGUUGGGGAUGUGCCCAGGGUAUUUUCCUGCCAUUCUGGAUUUUUGGGGAGCUGUUUUCCUGCCGCUGCUUCCAGUGGCAGCUGGAUUGUAGGACCGAGUGCGACACUGUAGAUGGGCAGCUGUGACACCGCCAUCACUGCCACCCCACUGCUUGUCCCCAGCCAUCCCAGGGCCGUGUCCCCUUCAGUAUUCAUAAUAAACCGAGACCAGUGAGACACGGGA